UUUAACGUGGUCACCGCGAGAACGAGAAUGGAUUCACUCAUGCUCUCGCCUCUCCAGCUUCACCUUCGCCUCCUUCCGCUUCCAAAUCCCUUCGUCGGAACCCGUAAAAACCCUAAUGAAUUCCGGCGGAUCGGAAAGAGUUGGUGUUUUCCCCUCGCCGGAAACGGGAAUCGCUUUGUAGUCUCUUCUCCCCUCCGCUCCUGGAGUCGCCUCGCGUACUCCACCACUGCAACUGCCCGGCACAAGCCAUGUUCGAGAUAUGCCGUUCUCGGUGCUGGUUUCUCCGGAAUGUCGGUGGCGUGGCACCUUCUCAAGCAAGGAUCCAAGGAAACUCGGCUUUGUAUAGAUAUUUAUGAUGAUGCUGGGAUAGGUGGUGGCGCAUCCGGUGCGUCGGGAGGGCUUCUCCAUCCCUACUCUCCUAAAGCUAAGCUUCUUUGGAAAGGUGCUGAGUGUUGGAGCGAAUGCUUAGAUUUGUUAGUGACUGCAAGCAGAGUUGCGGAAGCCAGAUCUUCCGAAGAAGUAUUUCAAUAUUCAUUCACUGACAUUAGCGAGCAGUUUGUUUGGCAAAGGGGAAUUGUAAGACCAGCAUCUGAGAAGAAUGCGGACAUUCUGAGGGAGAAUGCUCAGAGUUUCCUUGAGAGUUGCUAUCUUGAGCUUCUGGAUAGGAAUGCUGCCCAAUCUCUAGUACCAGAUUUGUUUGUGCCUGUUGACUUGGCUAUUUAUAUGCCACUUGCUAUGAAUAUCCAUCCAAAGAGAUACCUCCAGGCGCUGUUUCUAGCUUGCAAUGAGCUAGCAGAACAUGAAGAAAAUGAGAUUUAUCUAUUCAAAGAAUCUAUCAACAACCUCGAGCAAUUAUCAGAGGAAUAUGAUGCAGUGAUCAUAUGUCUGGGUGCUCAAGUCAACAAACUUCCAGAGCUCUCAGGAAAGCUUCCUCUGAGGACGUGCAGAGGUGUCGUUGCUCAACUCCAUUUGCCGACUGAUCUCUCAGAAGAGUAUCAUCAUCAAAGACCCGCAAUACUAUCAGAUGCGUGGCUUGCAUUUCGAGAACCACGGAACGUUUUCAUUGGAUCGACAUGGGACUGGAAUUCUACUAACUACUCAUCAAGUGUCUCUAAAGAGGAAGCUUCAAAGGCCAUGGAAGAACUCUUGCCGAAAGCCGCUACUGCAUAUCCACCGGUACAGAGCUGGUCCUUCGUCGGAGCACAGGCAGGCUUGAGGGCCAUGCCACCAUUAACACCUUAUGGCUCUCUUCCUCUCCUAGGCUGUGUCAAUGGCCUACUCGGUGAGACUGCCAAGAGCAUGUAUUGGUUGAUUGGUGGUCUUGGUUCAAGAGGGCUUCUUUACCAUGGUUUGGUAGGAAAAUUGACUGCCCAAGCCGUUCUUUCUUCCAAUGAAGAUGUUCUUCCUUCUGAAUUCACUUCAUGGAAAAAUGGGAUCAAAAUGAAUUAUUGAUCUAUUGGAGAUA